AUGGCUCAGGCUCUGAGUUGGCUGGUUUUGUUGUGGAGCCUGAGGAGCUUUCUCAGAGGGGUCUCUUCGCUCUCAGCUGACUGCAGCCUGGACUGCCAGAGCCACUGCCUCAUAGACUGCAAGCAGGGGCAUUACUACACAGCUGGCAACUGCCUGGAGUGCCCAGCAGGGUUCUACUGCCCCGGAGGCCAAGCGGCUCCAAGGAAAUGCCCACUGGGAACUGCCAAUGAGCUGACUGCUCAGGGAAACCUCUCAGCCUGCCAGGUUUGUCCCCACGGCUCCCUCAGCCUGGAGAGCAGGGCUGGCUGCCGGCCGUGUCCCCAGGGAUACUCGUGUGACCCCGGCACGGGCACCCAGAGGCGCUGUGAGCCCGGCCAGCACUCGCCAGAGGGAGAGCUGGGCUGCAGGGAGUGCCCCGAGGGACACGGCACACAGCCCUGUUUGGCAGGUCAGCAGCCCGACCCCACUCGCACGCUGUGUGUCAGCUGCGCUCCUGCUUCCCUCCCAGCUGAGGACACCAGGCCCUGCCAGCCCUGCCCAGCAGGUCACUUCUGUCCUGAUGGCCUCGAGGUCCCUCCAUGCCCAGCUGGGAGCUUCAGGCCCAAGGAGGGAGUUCCCAGAGCCAACAGCAGCUCCUUGAGCUUGCCAGAGCUGCGCUUUAAUUGCGCGUUGCUGGCGCCCAGCCGCAUUGCUGUCAGCCGCGCCAGCUUCUCCCUGGUGGGAGCCACGUACGUGUGCCCCGCGGGCUCGGCCAGCCCCCGUGCCCCCGGCAACGCCUGUCCUCCAGGAACCGCCGGCAACCGCUUGGACCUCUUUGACAAGUCCCAGUGCGAGCCCUGCCCUGCAGGAUUCGCCUGUGCCACAGGAACUGGUGGGCAGCAGAAGCCUCCCAGCCCAUGCCCAGUUGGUCACUACUGCCCGCCUGGCACCAGAGGAUCCUUCCGCUCGGCCCCUGGAGCGGAGGUGGCUGCAGACUGCACCCCCUGUCCUGGGGGACAUCACUGCCCCGAGCUGGGCACGGUCACCCCUCGAGCCUGUGGGGCUGGCAAAUUCUCGGAGCCGGGCUCAGCCUCCUGCUGGCCCUGCAGAGUCGGGCACUUCUGUGCCAGUGAGAACACCAGCCUGGAGGUGAUGCUGCGUGCCAUGGUGUGCCCGGCAGGGCUGCUGUGCCCGGCGGGACAGGCGGGUGUCCCAGAUGCCGCUGCCAACGCCUGCCCACAGGGACACUUCUGUCCCCAGGGCGAUGCCGCUCAGCCUUGCCCCAAUGGCACCUACGGUGAGCAGAGGGGGCUGAGCAGUGCUGCUGGAUGCUCACCCUGCCCUGCAGGGAAGUUCUGCUACACCGAUGGGACAGAGCCUCCAGGAAUCCCUCACCCUACAGGGGAUUGCCCAGCUGGCUACCUCUGCCCUCCAGGCACUGGAUUCCCCUUCUCCUUCCCCUGCAUGCCAGGCAGCUUCUGGGACAACUCCAGCACGGAGGGAGAAGGGAUUUGCAAGCCAAGCCCAGCCGGGCACUUCUGUGACUCCCCUGCCCUGACAGAGCCCAAGCCCUGCCCAGCAGGUUUUUACUGUCCUGAAGGCAGCUCCAAGCCUGAGCCCUGCCCGGAGGGGACAUUUGGUGACAGGCAGGGGCUGUCUGGACCCUCGGGGUGCAGCCCCUGUGCUCGGGGUUCCUUCUGCGCUGCCCCAGGACAGACUGGCCCAAGUGGGCCCUGUGAGGCUGGAUUUUACUGCCAGGGCAGGGCUCUGACUCCAUGGCCCACGGACGGUGUGACAGGAGCUGUGUGUCCUGCUGGGUCCUACUGCCCACCAGGCUCUGCCUUCCCCACGCCCUGCCCUCCAGGGACUUUCAGCAACACCAGUGGGCUGAGGAACCUGCAGGAGUGCUUGGAUUGCCCACCUGGCUUGUAUUGUGAUGGGACAAACAACCAAGCCCCCUCAGGACCUUGUGCACCCGGUUACUUCUGCACAGGAGGAGCUAAGAGUGCUCUCCAGCACGAGGUGAUGGAGGGACAUUAUUCCUUAGCAGGAGCCUUCAAACCAGAGCCGUGUCCCCUCGGCACCUUCCAGCCUGGCCGUGCUCAGUCUGUUUGCAGGGACUGCCCUGAGGGGACUUUCUGCAGUGAGCCAGGCCUGCCUGUCCCCCAGGAUUGUCCCAAAGGCCAUUUCUGCCUGGCUGGCAGCUCCGUGCCUCUCCCGUGUCCGGCGGUGGGGCUUCCAUUUGGAGAUCUUUGCCCACGAGGACAUUAUUGCCCAGCUGGCACCGGGCACCCCAGGGAGAUGCCGUGUCCUGCUGGCACCUGGAAUGGCCAGAGAGGAGCCCAGGAUGUCACCUGGUGCCUGCCCUGUGCCCCUGGCUUUUUCUGCAACGUGUCUGGCCAAGAUGCUCCCGGGGGACUUUGUGCACGAGGUUAUUACUGCACGGGGAGGACAAAGACUGCGAAGCCAGAGGAUGGAGUCACUGGAGAUCUCUGUCCUCGAGGACAUUUCUGCCCUGAAGGCUCAGCAGCACCUUCCCCGUGCCCCAGUGGGGAAUACAGCAAUGCCACAGGUCAAGACAAAUGCCUCCCUUGUCCUGCUGGGUUUCACUGUUCAAAGGGGCUCCGGCGCCGCUGCCCUCCUGGCUUCUACUGCCCUCAGAAAACCGGGAUCAGUUUUUAUCCUUGUCCUCCUGGGACUUACAACCCCUCCUACGGCCUGAGCCACGCUGAGGGGUGCCAGCAGUGCCCUGCAGGAAUGUUCUGUGGAGAAUGGGGAUUAUCCUCUCCCAGUGGUCCCUGCUGGCCAGGAUUCUUCUGCACAGCAGCUGCAGCAUCAGCAGCGCCCCAGCUCUGCCCAGCGGGCACCUUCUCCAGCCUGCCAGGGAGGAGAGCACUUUCUGAGUGCCAGCCCUGCCCCUCUGGCUUCUACUGUGAGGAACCUGGCCUCAGUGCCCCCACUGGCGAGUGCUGGGAAGGGUAUUUCUGUCCCCAGGGCACAGCUCUUCCCAUUGCUUGUCCAGCAGGAUCCUACAACCCUGCGCUGAGCCAAACCAGCUGCCUGCCCUGUCCUGAAGGGUUCUUCUGCCCCAAGAAUUCCUCUUCCAUUUUGGAGCAGGAAUGUCCCCCCGGCCACUUCUGCCCCGCAGGCACUGCCUCUGCAGCUCAGUUCCCGUGUCCUAAAGGGACCUUCAACCCCCAGCCCGGCAGCAGCCUGCGCUCCCACUGCAGCCCCUGCGAGCCAGGUUAUUUCUGCAACGGGACUGGGCUUGUGUCUCCCACUGGGUUGUGUGAGGCUGGGUUCUACUGCAGCGGAGGAAGCCUUUCCCCCAGACCUCCCAGGGCCAGCGCCAGUGGAGGUCCCUGCCCCCCUGGGCAUUUCUGUGAGGAGGGGAGCAGCAGAGCCCAGCCGUGCCCUGCAGGGACCUACAGCCCGUCCUGGAGCGGGACACAGUGCCUGGAGUGCCCAGAGGGCUUUUACUGCACCUCUGCCUCCACCAACUACACAGAUUGUCCUCAAGGUCACUACUGCCCCAGGAGCACAGAAUUUGCCACGCAGCAUCCUUGUCCCCCUGGAACCUACAGCGAAGCCCUGAAUCUCUGGGAUGCUUCCAGGUGUCAGCUGUGUCCUCCUGGAAGGGUCUGUUCCAGGCCAGGCCUGGCCAGGCCAGAUGGACUCUGCACGCCUGGGUGGUUUUGUCCACCUGGAUCCACAUCAAGCAAACCAAUGUUUCCUGGAAAUUUCUCUGGAAAGGCAGCUCCAGCUCCAGGAUCUGUGGGGUUGUGCCAAGCAGGAACCUUUUGUCCUGCUGGGUCAUCCCUUCCUCUUCCCUGCCCUCCAGGUUGGUUCUGUGCCAGCCCAGAGCUGGCAGCUCCGUCUGGGCCCUGCCAGGCCGGGUUCUACUGCACGGGAGGCUCCACAAUCCCAAACCCCAGGGAUGGAGCAGCGGGAGACACCUGUCCUCAAGGCCACUUCUGUCCUGCAGGGAGUUACUCCCCAUCCCCGUGUCCCCCAGAGCCCCGCUCAGGCUCUGCAGCCCCUUCCCAGGCUUUCCUCAAGGAAAAGCUGCUCUCAGCAUGGAAAUUCGGGCAUUCAUCCGGUGCUGCUGCAUGGGAACGUCACCCUGAAUCAGACAGGAACGGCUGA